CACUUAUCUUCGGGCAAAGGUCCGUUUCAAACCAAGUUUAAAGCUUGAGCUUCAAUUUCCACUAGUGGUCUGAUCUGAUUGGCUCACCAUGGCCACGUUUAAAUGGAAAAUUAGUGUGGCCUGCGAAAAUCUGUCCUCUAAAUCCGGUCCGUAUUGCACCCUGAUGGUAAAGUCCGGUUCACAAUGGAGGGAAGUGGGACGCACCGAAGUCAUUCGAAAUUCCUCGAAUCCGAUUUGGACGACCAAGUUUGAGCUCGAUUAUAACUUUGGGAAGGAAGAGAUACUUAAAUUUGAGGUCCAAGACCAAGACAUGCAACUUCUAGGAUCCCUGUGUGUCACUUUGGGCACUUUGGUGGAUAUUCCUGGAAAAGUUUUUGAUUGUGGAAUAGAAGAGGGAUUGAGCAGGAGGGGGCGCUUCAUCAUAACUACGGAAGAUCCUAGGCCUGUCCCCCAAAACCGUGUCAAAAGCAACUUCAUGAACUAUGAUAUCGACCUGAACUUUGUUGUUGCUUUUGACUUCACUGACCCAAAGGGUAAACAAGUUGAACCGGUGGCACGUCAAUCUAGGGGCAAGAGUAACUUGUCUGAAGCUGUCAAUGCUCUUGGGCAUAUCCUGGAAGAUUACAACGCCGACAACCUGUUUCCCGCCUAUGGAUUUGGAGCUGCAAUUCCACCCAGCCAAGAAGUUUCUUACAACUUCUCUCUCAACCAGCAUCCCACUAACCCCGAAUGUUUAGGCGUGGAGGGGAUCAUUGCAGCUUAUUCCGAUACGUUGGCAAAGGUUCAAUUGUUCGGACCAACCUUUUUCUUCCCCGUGAUUGAGCAAAUGGUGCAGAUUGUCAGACAACAACAGGAUAAACGAAGAUACUAUGUUCUCCUCAUUGUUACGAAUGGUAUCAUCGAAGACUUCAAACAAACCAAGUCUGCCUUGGCUGAGGCCUCUGAUUUACCAUUGAGCGUCAUUAUUGCCGGUGUUGGUGAUGCAGACUUUUCAAAGAUGGUGGCUCUCAAUGCCGGUGAAAGCUGGCUUCAAUCUUUUGGAUGCAAAUCCAGUCGAAAUGUUGUCCAGUUUGUUGAGCUCAGCCAUUACGUAAGUCAGGACGGAACCUGGAAGAAGGCAGCAUUGGCCUUUGAUGUCAUGUCCAAAGUAUCUUCCCAAUUCGUAGCGUGGAAGGAAAACCAUGCAAAAAGUCAAUCCAAGCCAAAGGAAAAUCGUAACCCAUGGCUUUCAUCAGUAACUAAUUGUUUUCAAAAUUGUUCAUGCGGGAAGUCAUUCAAGCCCUCGCGUUAAAGAUGCUGAAAGUAAAUGAUGUAUGUUUCAAUCAGUAGCUCCCCAAGACUUCCAUAAGCCACAUGGCUUGUUUUCAUGAAGUCUUCAUCAAAGAAGGAGUAAGAUGAAGUAAAAUGCUAGGUCACCCUGACACUCAGAACGCAAAAGAUGGUUAAAACAUUAAAGUAUCAAAGGAUGGGGUGUAAUAUUGCAGCAUGGCACUUAUCACUAUAUUCACCGAAGUAUCUUAUCCCAGAUCACAUAGUCAUUCAGAUUGCGGAAAGACAACACAACAGAUAACAAGGAAAAAGACCAAAAACUAAAAAUGUCAUGCAUAAUAGUUCUUUAAAUGGCAAUCUGAUGAAUACGAUUUUAUGGAAGCAUU